AAAAGGGGAGGAGUCUCAGUGACAAGAGGAAGACGGGCUUUUCUGAGUUUGUCCGCUCCCCCUAAAAUAGCAGCCAGUGUGUAAAUGUGAAGUGAAAUCACGUUCAUCCACCGGAGCCACCGAUAUAGAAGUGUCUAAAUCCAGCGGCGGAGUCGGGAGCGAAGUGAAAGGCGACAGGACAGUAAACAGGACAUUCCAGAUGAGUCGGUUGCCGAGCCGGUCGACAGUGGAUCUUCGCUGCGUGCUGGUUCUUUGAACCUCUCGGCCUCUUGUGACCUUAACCCCUGGCCAACGGUCAUCUUGGAGAUUGUGGUCGGGUCUUGCCGAAGAGCGAAGGGCGUAUUGAGAAGAGUGAACGAGCGUAAUACAAGAAGAGAGUCUUUUGCACGAUGUGCUAGGAGAGCGGUGGAAGAAAGCUUGUUGUUUUUCUGAUAUUGUUGAGGUGUCAGAGAGGCCGGAAAGGACACAGCCAUGGGCCGGAAGAAGAUACAGAUCACCAGGAUCAUGGAUGAGAGGAACAGGCAGGUUACCUUCACGAAGAGGAAGUUUGGCUUGAUGAAAAAGGCCUAUGAGCUAAGUGUACUAUGUGACUGUGAGAUCGCCCUCAUCAUUUUCAACAGCUCUAACAAACUGUUCCAGUACGCCAGCACAGACAUGGACAAAGUGUUGCUGAAAUACACAGAGUACAAUGAGCCCCAUGAGAGCAGAACCAACUCUGACAUUGUCGAGGCGCUAAACAAGAAAGAACACAGAGGUUGUGAUAGCCCGGACCCUGAUGCCUCAUAUGUCCUCACUCCUCACACAGAAGAAAAGUAUAAAAAAAUUAAUGAGGAGUUUGAUAAUAUGAUGAGAAAUCAUAAAAUCCCCACAGCAUUGCCUCAGCAGAACUUCUCCAUGCAUGUGGCUGUGCCUGUAUCCAAUCCCAAUGCCAUGUACCAGCCAGGAGGGCCUCUGGGCAGCCAGUCCCUGGCAGCAGCCACCACCUCUCUGAGUGAUAGUGGGAUGCUGUCCCCUCCGCAGGCCUCUCUGCACAGGAAUGUGGCCUCCAGUGGAGGCCCCCAGAGGCCCACCAGUGCUGGGAAUGCAGGGAACGGUUUUGUUAACCCUAGGGGCUCUCCAGGCCUCCUCAGCGCACCCAGCGGCAAUGGCCUGGGUAAAGUCAUGCCCACCAAGUCUCCACCCCCCCCUGGAGGGAACAUGGGAAUGGGAAACCGCAAGCCAGACCUGAGGGUUGUUAUUCCUCCAUCGAGCAAAGGGAUGAUGCCCCCACUGUCAGAGGAGGAGGAAAUGGAUUUGAACACCCAGAGGAUAAGCAGCUCCCAGUCCAACCAGCCGCUGGCCACUCCAGUGGUGUCUGUCACCACCCCCAGCUUACCCCCUCAGGGCCUGGUCUACUCAGGCAUGCCCACCUCCUACAACCCUGCUGAGUACUCCCUGAGCAGUGCAGAGAUUGCUUCCCUACAGGGCUUCAGCUCUCCUGGGCUCUCAUUGGGCUCCAUGUCGGCAUGGCAACAGCAUCAACUGGGCCAGGCAGCUCUUAAUUCUUUGGUUGGUGGAGGUCACCUAUCUCAGGGUUCCAACCUAUCAAUCAACACCAGCCAGAGCAUAAACAUCAAGUCCGAACCCAUUUCGCCGCCACGGGAGCGUGUCACCCCGUCCAGCUUCGCCCCUCAGCAGCCGCAGCAGGGGUCCAGCCGACAGGAAGUCCUGGGACGCUCACCUGCCGACAGCCUCAGCUCCUCCUGUAGCUCAUAUGACGGAAGCGACCGUGAAGACCACCGGCCAGACUUCCACUCCCCGCUGGGCCUGACCAGACCCCCCGCUGGCUCUGAGGGCAGGGAGAGUCCCUCGGUCAAGCGCUUGCGCAUGGACACAUGGGUGACAUAAAGAGCCCUGAUCAAGCCUCCAGUCACCAGCCAGUCAGAGAGAGAGAGGGAGGGGUUAGACAUGGAGAUGAAAGGAAGCAAGGGUCCUUAAAGCUAUUAUUAUGAUACUAUUAUCCAACUUCAUUUCGAUUUGUAAGACUGAGAUGUAACAUAUCUAAAGUCAAUGCUCAAACUGUUACAGUAAGAUAAAAAAAAAAGAAAAAAAAUCCGAGUUAGCUGGACUGAAUUAUAUGCACAAGCAGGUGGUAUCAGGUACUUGGUGCAAUUCAGACUUUUGCAGAAGAAGGAAAAUUGUUAAACAAUAGGCGGUAGAUUAUUGUAGUCACUGGUCUAGUCAGACACAUACAUGUAGUUGCUGUUUUGCUGUUGUGCUUGCAUGUUGCAAACAAUCAGAGAACGUUGUGUUGCUUUCAGGCUGAGGACCCCUAAAUAUGAGGUUCACUGCAAGAACUAUCUUUUAAAAUCAUGCUGUAACCAUACAAGACCUUAAUCUCAAGUGGCCUCUUCUAAUUUAUUGAUUCAGUCGAUCGGGAGAUACAGACAGCAUUGACUCAAUUAAUACUAUACAGGAACUAUGGUCACACCAGAAACAACAGUUGAGACUACUUUAGAGAACAAAUGAAGAAAAAAAAACUGUUGAGGAGGUAAUAACAAAAUAGCAACAGAAUUUAUUGCAAUAAUGACAUACUAUUCAUUUUGUAAUUUAAAAGAGUGGGAUAUAAAGUCUAAAUGUGCAAUUAAGAUAAUGCGAACCUGUCCAGUUGAACUGGUGAUUAAAUCAACAUGUUCACAUUUGUAUAACAGUUCAUCAGUAAUAUAAGCCAAAGCUGUUCUUUUGUGUUAUUUUGUACAGUUGCUAUGGUUUCCUAUCAGUCCACUCAAAUGCACCAUUUCCUCGCCAUAGUUUUAUUUUUUAUUGUGCUUUAUUACAAACGGUGUAAACUUCAUGUAAACCACAUCAUGAAACAAUAUCUAAAGCCAUGAACAUUUGCUGUUCUGUUUGUACAAUUGAAAAUUUGAGCCAAACAGUUUUCUUUUUGUUGUGUAAAUAGCGACUUUAAUAUAUAUCACCAGGGUGUGAGUACAUGCUGAAUGUACUGUAUGAUCACCGUUUUCAAGAAAAGUAUAUUUUUGUGGAUUACAGCCAAGUUUACAAGAGUAGACCCUUAAAAAGUAGAUCAUUCACUGGUCAAUAUUUGCUAUUGUGUUCAUUUUACUGUAAUCUCUUCUAAAUUUAAUUAUCAACAUGAUCUCCCGUGCAUUUAGGUUCCAGAUGGUCGAUUUGUUUUUCUUUGAUUUUCUUCUCCUCUCUAUUAGUGGUGACCGUUUGUCCUGAUGACAUUGUAAUAACAAUGCUCUGAGGUUGAAGUUCUGCUAUUUUCAUAUUUAUGAAGGAUGAUCACAAGGCUAGGGGAAAUAGGCUUUCUUCCCUCCUAUUGUGUUAGCUUGUGUUAGUUGUAUACCAGCAGCUGUGGAAUACACUGCCAGCAUUCAAACCCAAGGUCCCCGGCCCCACAUCCAGGAAUAAUCUACCGCUGUAGCAAGUAGCUCAGCUGAAAAGAACAUGGCGUCUCUCGGCCCCUGUCCACUAUCCUGUCACUGGCAUGGGAUUUAAGCAGAAGACACAAAUGUGGUAGAGGUGGCUGCUGACCUUCACAAAAAAACUGCUCAUGCCUGUGUCCACGUCGUUGUAAAUAUCGCAGUCUACUUGAAAUGUUGGUCAUAAUUAUAUACAAAAAUAAGUCAUGUGUUUCCCUAAUUGGCUCCAGAUAUUGCAUCUUAUAUCAACGCCCUAUACGUAGUAAGAGUGCUGAAGGCCUAGGGGCCUUAGGAGCCCAGGAAAGUUGAAAAAUCUGAAGGCACUGUACACGAAAGAUGUCACAGCAUGAGGCUGAUGCCUCAGUUAUCACGCUUUGCCGGUAUGGCGGAAAUAGGGGCUUUGACUCGCUUCUUUCUCCGUCAUCACAGCAGCAAAUAAUUCAGCAGCUAAUUCUUGCUAAUUACAACAACAGUGCAAAGUCAUUGACUUCAAUCUCACUGCUUCAGUCUCACUGCACACACGUGUAUGAGAAGUUUGCUGUACGAGAGCGGUAUCACUCUGCAUUCGCCGUGACCUGUCUUGUGUGUGUUCCUCAGGUGUCUGUUCUCUCUGCCCCACCAUCGACUCCAUAAUAGUCCUCAGUAUAACCCCAUAAUGAUCUAUGCAGUUUUAACCUCAAGUCACAUGAUAUAUAUCUAUCUAUAUAUAUAUAGAUGGAUAUAUAUCUAUAUACUGAAUAUGAUGUCAUUGCAGGUCAUAUGUAGUCCACAUAGCAUUAGGAAGAGGAGCAUCUGAGGACAGACUGAAGUGCCACAGCUGGAGGUUGCUGGACUUCAAGAUGCACAGAAUACAUUUUAUUAAAUGAUUGAUUUGGAUCCCCUGGGGGCAUCUCUUCAUGUUCAUGCACAUUAGUAGACACCACAUGAUGUAUAGUAAUUCAUAAUGUAACCAAGUAUAACACAGCAGGUGAAAAUAGCAAUAAAAACAAAAAAACAAAACGACAACGAAAACUGUCUGCCCCUCUUGGCAGCAUCACCUCGUAGUUGAGCACAUACUUUAGCACUUGAUAACAUAUCAGGGAAUUUUUGUAGUUUCUCUACCUAUAUGCACAGUUAGGAAAAUGCCUUAUCCCAAAGAAAAAUGACACCACUUUUAUUUUCUCUCAGUUUAAAAAAGAAAGAAAGAAAAAGACAAUGCCGAAAUCACUCAAAACGUGACCAGACCUGCCUCUUCUCAGAAAAGACUCGCACAAGAAACUGCGCGGUGAAUGCAGUGUGAUACGCUUUGCUCUUCGGGUGUUUGUCCAAAUUCUGCACAACUGAUGAAUGUGAAAGGAAAGGGUAAUCAAUGAACCUUUGUAGAGGACUUUUUCUUCACUUUGCUGUGCAAGAGUACACUGCUUCGCUUCAUGGCUUUUAUAAACAGAACUACGUGUUUGGUAAGUGUUUGUAGUUGAUAGUUCACUUAACUAAAGAAGCUGUUUUCGGUUCGGAUGCUCAGACCGUUUGGCGGCACAAGCUGGACUUUGUUGCCAAUAUUGAAAUUAUUUGUUUCAAAAUUUGAAAGAGAUUUUAAGUUAAUCUACAUUUUAUUUCCCUUGAAUGUGUUAUUUUAUUUUCAUCAUACAAUAAAUAUUCAAGUGAUCUUUUUAUUAAACAAUUAAGAUACUAUGCUAGCUAUUGUUGUACGGAAUUUGUAUUCUUCACAAAAGUACAAAUAUUGGCUUUUAAUGUGUAAUUUAGGUGAUCUCUCUUAUUCUGUAUAAAAUGAAGUAAACGACUCUUACAUAGAAUUUGUUCUCCUGUGAAGUCCCAAACAGUAGAAACUGUCAACUUUAUUAAACACCUCAGUGUAUGCUCAAUCUGAA